UCCUCCGUGAAGCUGAAGCUGAUCUGCGCCCAGGUGCUGCGGGACCUGCUAGGGGAGGCCAUGGAGUAUGAGAAGAUCCUGAAGCUGACCUCAGACGCCAAAUUGGAGUCGGGGGACGUGAAGGCCACCAUUGCUGUCCUUGGCUUCAUCCUCUCCAGCGCUGCCAAGCACAACGUGGACAGCGAGUCUCUGGCGAGCGAGCUGCAGCAGCUGGGGCUGCCCAAAGAGCAUGCCAGCGGGUUGUGCCGGUCCUACGAGGAGAAGCAGAGCUCGCUCCAGGACAGCCUCAGGGCUUGCAGCCUGAGAUUGAGCCGGCUGGGCUCAGUGUGCUGGCGGGUGGAUUACACCCUCAGCUCCAGCGAGCUGCAGGAGGUCAACGAGCCCCUCAUCCACCUGAGCUUCACCCUGCGGGACGGGGAGCGUGGAGGGACGGUGGCCGUCCCCGUCACUCUCUCGGCCGACAAGUUCCGGGUGCUGCUGGCAGAGCUCAAGCAGGCCCAG